UGUCAAUAAUAAUACUCAAUAUCUAUAAAUAUACAUCUCUUUCAUUCUUCCCUUCCCCAACCAACUUACUCAUUUAUUUCUCUUUUCUGGCAGUACCCAUUUGCCCAAAUUGCUUUUCUUUGCAUCUGAAAUUUCGAUUCACCAUGGAUGAAGCAAAGGUUGUUGAAGCUAAGGAGGGAACUAUCUCAGUAGCCACUGCAUUUGCUGGUCACCAAGAAGCUGUACGGGAUAGAGACCACAAAUUCUUGACCCAAGCAGUCGAAGAAGCUUACAAAGGUGUAGAAAGUGGAGAUGGAGGCCCAUUUGGUGCAGUAGUUGUUUGUAAUGAUGAAGUAGUUGUUAGCUGCCACAACAUGGUUCAUAAGCAUACUGACCCUACAGCUCAUGCAGAGGUUACAGCAGUACGAGAGGCAUGUAAGAAGCUCAAUCGAAUUGAGCUUGCAGAUUGUGAGAUAUAUGCUUCUUGUGAGCCCUGUCCGAUGUGCUUUGGUGCUAUCCAUCUAUCACGCAUCAAGAGGUUGGUAUAUGGAGCCAAAGCUGAAGCUGCAAUUGCUAUUGGCUUCGAUGAUUUCAUUGCAGAUGCUCUGAGAGGGACUGGAUUUUAUCAGAAAGCUCAGUUAGAGAUCAAGCAGGCUGAUGGUAAGGGAGCCCUUAUAGCCGAGCAAGUAUUUGAGAAGACCAAAGAGAAGUUCCCCAUCUAUUGAGAGAAGAAGCAAAUCAUAAGGGGAAGAAAACUACAGCUAUCUGAUUUCAUUACUGAUCCUGAUGUUGAUAAACUAAUUAUGCUUUCUCUGAAUAAUAUUUCGAAGACACAUUUUCUCAAAUUGUACGUAUCUAUUGAACUGAACACGUGGAAACCAGUAGAGCGGACAAACCUCUUAUUUUUAGUAAAUAAUAAUUUUUCAAGAAGUUGAGGUACUCUCAGAUGGGUAGAAAGGGAAAGGACUCGAGGGCCUGUUCUUCGAGGGAUGGGGGGUUCUUGUUGUCAACUGGUGUAAACUAAAAUUCCCUGCUGAUGCGAUCUCAUUAAAAUUCUGAUGCAAAUAGGUCUGUAUUUGGAGAAAUAUGGGCAAAGUCUCUUCUAGGGAGAGUGAAAUAUAUAAGGAAGGAUGUAAUGUACUAAUUACGACGUGGGAACAUAGAUGCCAGCCAAUAAUACUACGAUUCCAUG